UUAUGCGCGCGAGAGGCCAUCCUCUCCCGCUUCUCAUCCGAAGAUGAUAAAAGCAUGUUAGGAGGUAGCAGCUCGUCGUAGUCCAUCUUUCGGAAUCGACCCAGGAGGAACGUGAAACGCAUAAAUUCAAUAACUGACGAUGGCCUCAAGACCGAUCGUCCAUCUGCUAAUCGCCUGCGGCAUUUUCGUCGUGACUACAUCGCUCAAUCAAAAUCCCAGGUUCUCGAAUCAGCUGUUUAAUAAUCAGCUGAAUCGCAACCAACAGCAAUUUUCGCAGAAAGGCGGCUUAUCUGCAUCUUGUCCAGAGAGGAACGGUCGUUAUCCAGUACCAAAUCAAUGCGAUGCUUAUAUCGAGUGUAUCGAUGGAGUUGCUGAAGAAAAGUUAUGUCCUGAGGGCUUAUAUUUCAAUCCUGAGGCUCGCUUCAACUAUCCUUGUGGAUACCCGAUUGACGUAGAUUGCACGGGCAGGCCAAAUUUGCAGAAAGCAAGUCCGACCGAGGAUUGUCCCCAUCAAUACGGUUACUUCAAAAUCGGCAAUCAUCAAAAUUGCGGUCAAUUUAUGAAUUGCGUGGACGGUCGGGGUUAUGUCUUUGAUUGUCCGGAAGGUCUGGCCUUCAAUCCGGAAUCGUAUCGAUGUGAUUGGCCAGAUCAGGUGUCGGAUUGCGACGCCGAGGCUUUCCUUGGUUUUCGCUGUCCGGAGGUGAAAAAUAGCCCAUUCCUGGAUGCUGAGAUUAAGUUUUACCGCAGUACCGUCGACUGUCAUCACUAUUACAUUUGCGUGAACGGCCGUCCACGAUUACAGAAUUGCGGCACGGGGAAUGCCUUUAACGAGCUCAUCGACGCCUGCGAUGCCGCAGAAAAUGUCACUGGCUGUGAACACGAAGCGAUAGCAAAAACUACUCCUACAUAUGGACAGGCGAAGCUUUUUUAAAUUCAAGUCGAAUGAAAAGUAAAAACAAUGAUAAUAAUUCCAAAAGAACAGUAAUCAAGAGCUGCAAGAAUAAUAAGGUGUGUAUCAAAUUUCAAUAUGCAAUACGACAUAUUUUAAUAAGAAAGUUGCAUGGUUGAUGCAAAUGAUUGCAUAUCGCAUAUAUUAAAAAUGCAUUAUACUAAUGGAGGAUAUAUAUAAAAGAUUCAAUUACAAUUUAUAAUAAGUAUAUUCGUACAAAUCGUAUAUCAUAUAUGAGAUGCCAUAAGUAAUGUAUAUAUUAAUGUAUAAAUCUCGUUUC